AUUGUCAAUUACAGCGGCGCGUCGUACGUCCUACGUCACCACGUUGACCCAGAAGCGGAAGUGAACACGUGGGGCAAAGGGAAUCACACACACGCUCGAAGGCCACUCUCCUCUCUCCGGUAACAACGAGCUCAACUUCAAACAAACUCACAAAGAUCCGUGAUCAUGGCUGUGAGAGCGGCGUUCGAGAAGAACAACGAGAUCGGCUGCUUCGCCAAACUCACCAACACCUACUGCCUUGUGGCGAUCGGCGGGUCGGAGAACUUCUACAGUGUGUUCGAAGGUGAGCUGUCAGAAACCAUCCCUGUGGUCCAUGCCUCUAUCGCUGGCUGUCGAAUCAUAGGAAGGAUGUGUGUCGGUAACCGCCACGGGAUGCUGGUGCCCAACAACACGACGGACCAGGAGCUGCAGCACAUCAGGAACUGCCUCCCGGACGCCGUCCGCAUCCAGAGGGUGGAGGAGCGGCUGUCGGCCCUCGGCAACGUCAUCGCCUGCAACGACUACGUAGCGCUGGUGCACCCGGACCUCGACCGGGAGACGGAGGAGAUCCUGGCCGACACCCUGAAGGUGGAGGUGUUCCGUCAGACGGUGGCGGAGCAGGUGCUGGUGGGCUCCUACUGCUGCUUCAGCAACCAGGGGGGGCUGGUGCACCCCAAGACCAACAUCGAGGACCAGGACGAGCUCUCCUCGCUGCUGCAGGUCCCCCUGGUGGCGGGCACGGUGAACAGAGGGAGUGAGGUCAUCGCCGGGGGCAUGGUGGUGAACGACUGGUGUGCGUUCUGCGGCCUGGACACGACCAGCACGGAGCUGUCCGUCAUCGAGAGCGUGUUCCGCCUCGGAGACUCCGCCCAGCCGUCGGCCAUCGCCACCACCAUGAGGGACUCCCUGAUCGACAGCCUGACAUAAGCGAGUGGUCCCGGGUUCUACGGCGGAGAACCUCCCUGAUGGGACGUCUGUUCUGGGCCUUCAGAACCCUCCUCCCCCUCAACCAGACCUCUCCCUCAGACACCCGACAUGUAACGCACACACGGCCCCCUACUGCUGCCCCCCGUCCCUCUGCCACUCAGUGCUUUCAUGAAACAUGCCUUUCCUCACCACUAUAUGCUCCCAAAACUUAGAAUAGCCUGCGUGUUGAGGUGGGAGACGGCAGUACGAGAGGUUUAUUUAGAUAGACGUCACUCCUCCUCCUGCCUGAUCAACAGUUAUGAACCAAUGGGAUGGAGUUGCGAAUCAGAUUAGACUUCUUCCAUUUUUAUCAAAUUUCCUGGUGAAACCUGUCCGUGUGGAGCACUUAGGGGUCGUGGAGGAGUUGGCUGUCGAGGCUGGUUCUACGCCUCUGCUUAGAAGCACUUGUGUUAGAGGGAGGCUCGGUAAGGGGAGGGGAGGUACGCUGGACUGUCUGCUAGCGAAACACACGGUGUAAAUGUUGUGGUGCAUUCCCCUGCUGCCAAAUACUCAGACGCAUGCUGAAAUGUGUUUUUAUCUGGAAUUUUCUGUUGACCGCACCAGUUUGAAGACAUGCAACUCAAUGUUUUUUCCAGUUGGAGGCUGAAAUAUGUAGUGAUUUCAGUUUGGAUGUCUUCGAGAAUUUAUCAAUCAAUAAUUAGAUAUGUAGACAUACUUUGCAGAUUGUUACCAAAUACUUUGCAUCGCUGACGUAAUAGACUUCACCAAUAGGAGAGAAAUGGUGUCAAAUAAGGUAGAACAAUAUUUCGGAAGGACUGUAUCAACAUAAGGCCACCCAAUUGUGUCUUUAAGUUGUGUGACUUGAGAGAAUGUGCUAAAGGAAAAACUAAUUUUUUGCACCCGUUUUUCGUCCAGUUUGUGUCGUCAUUGAGGGUUGCAACAAAGUGGUGUAGAUUUGUUUAACGCGAGUUCGAAGUGGAAGUUAAUCCUUGUAUAAAUAAAAGACCCCCAAAUGAACAUGGCUAA